CCUCCGCGAUGACUGACAUUCUGCGGCAGGUCUCCACUUUGGAUGAGAAGACGUUUCCUACCAUCGCUCGCCUUCCCACAAAGGAGCGCGUCUGUAUUUGGGCUCAUGUGUCUUCUUAUAUUGAGCGACAGAUGACAUCCCAGAAGGGAGUGCAUCUGGCAGGACUAGGGACUUUUACCUUCUCUCAGCAGAGGCUGCACACUGGGCUUCAGAAGCCCAUCUUCCUCCUGUCAGGAGCCUUGAUAAAGUCUCUUGGAUUAAGGAAAGAUCGUCCACUGGCUGUUGGUCCUUGCUGUGUGGAGAAAGCGUUUCCCUCACCUUCCCGGGGCUCGGAGUCUUGUCCUGCAGGCAGAACAAGGUGCAAAUGGAGUUCAACACAAGCCUUCGUCUGGACGGACGACAGCAGGUCUCCGCAGAUCCCACAGAGUUCACCACAAGAGGGCUCUAAAACAAAGUCAUUCACCAGAACCACGUGUGCGGAACUGGAGCUGUGUGGCGUGUGUCUGCAAAGAUCCAAAAGAAAUAUUCCAGUUUAUGAGAGAGAGCAGAAGCUGGAGGAGGAGAAACAUCAGGAGAAAGUGUUGCUGCUGAGAGCUCAGCAGGAGGCAAGACUUCACCUGGAGAAGGAACAGGCCAAACUUAAAGAGAGACGUUUGCAAGCUCAGAAAGACGCUGUGCUCAAUCUUCAAAUGUCGGAGAAGGAUCAAACCUGCAGCAGUUUGGACGGGGCGUCGUUCCUCUUUCUGACUCGACCACUCACACCGCCACGAAAGGUGAAGCAGCAGCAAUACAUGAGUGCGCUGCAGCAUCAGGUGGAGAGCCGACGUCAACAAGAGGCUCUAGAGCUGCGAGAGAGUCGACUCACCGAGCAUCAAAACCAGAUCCAGCAAGCACAGCGGAACCUGGAACUGAAGAGUCGGCAGCUACAGGAGAAGAUGGAGAAAAGGCGAAGCUACAAAGCGGCUCUGGACAGUCAGGUGAAGGACAGGAAAUGCACCACCCAUGUUGAGGUCCAACCUGAAGCCCUCAGAAGCAGGCGAUGUGAAACUCCUGUGGUCAACGCAGAGAGACGUGAAGCGGCUCAGCAGCUGUUCUGGACGAACUCAAGUGCUGCCACCCAGAGGAAACGGGAAGAAGUACAGAGCCACCGAGCAGAGCUGGAGAGGCAGAAGCAGAUGCUCCAGCAAAACCAAAAGGAGUUUAUUCUGGAUCACCGUAUCAACGUGGAGAGGAGGAAGGCGACCAGAAAGUCUCUGGAGAGCGAGUGGAGACAAAGUGCCCAGAUGAAACACCAACGUGAGGAAGAAGAGAAGGACUUUCUCAGGUCUGCCACUCAGUCACUGGUGGAGAAACUGGUCCAACACAAACGCUGCCGGCAGUGCAAGAGAAGAACCUCCAACUGUGGAGAAACCAACAUCUGGAGGGACUCCAUCUAUGCGUCUGGAUCACAGUUCAUGACCUGACUCAACACAGACCUGAAGGAACGCAGACAUGUUGAGCCGGUGAUUCACGAGGAGAAUCAAAGAAGGAUGGCAGGGUGUGGUGUCCCCCAAAGCACGAUGAGUGUGUUGCACAAAACCACGGAUACCUGUACAUGUAAACGUCUUUUGUGCUGCCAGAAGUGAGGGAUCUUAGCGGAACCAGUUCAGGUCUGGAGGGACUGUUU